CAUUAGGGUUUUAACACAGAGGAAGAGAGAGACAGAGUGUGUCGCUUCUUCUCUACAACUCUGCCAAUAUGGGUAUUUCCAGGGAUUCUAUGCACAAGAGGCGUGCCACUGGUGGCAAGAAGAAGGCUUGGAGGAAGAAGAGAAAGUAUGAGCUUGGUCGCCAGCCUGCUAACACUAAGUUAUCAAGCAACAAGACAGUCCGCAGGAUUCGUGUUAGAGGUGGCAAUGUGAAGUGGAGGGCACUGAGAUUGGAUACUGGAAAUUACUCAUGGGGAAGUGAAGCCGUAACUCGCAAGACUCGUAUACUUGAUGUGGUUUACAAUGCCUCAAACAACGAGCUUGUGCGAACUCAGACCCUUGUCAAAAGUGCUAUUGUCCAGGUUGAUGCUGCUCCAUUCAAACAGUGGUACCUUCAGCACUAUGGUGUUGACAUUGGUAGGAAAAAGAAAACUGCUGCCAAGAAGGAAUCUGCCGAGGACGGUGAAGCUUCUGCUACUGCUGCUGCUGCUGCAGAAGAAGCCAAAAAGAGUAAUCGUGUGCAGAGAAAACUGGAGAAGCGCCAGAAAGAUCGUAAGCUUGAUUCCCAUAUUGAGGAGCAGUUUGGUGGUGGGCGAUUGCUGGCUUGCAUUUCUUCUCGCCCUGGUCAAUGUGGCAGAGCUGAUGGCUACAUUCUCGAAGGUAAGGAGUUGGAAUUUUACAUGAAGAAAAUCCAGAGGAAGAAGGGGAAGGGCGCAGCUUGAUUGUAGUUUUUCCCAAAUUUUUAUAUGGCUUUAGUUGUUUUUAUUGGUUUGUUGUACCAUUCAAGGUGAUGUUUGAUCUUGCUAGUCGACAAACCUUAGGAUGAUGCCACAAGACAUCGUGUAAUGGGAAAGUUCUUGUUAGUCAUUUGCAAAUUGACAUUUUGAUUUUUGUUUCGAACCGAUUUUGCUACUGAUGGUUUACAAUUUUAAUCAAUGAGUUAUGUCUUGAA